AUGACGAUCCUGUCGACGCCGCAGGAGCAAAGUCCGGCGCGGACGCUUCAACGACCUGAUGGCGAGUGGAUGGUCGAUGGGAGGAAGUCCCUGAUCGGAUAUCACGGCAAAGAAGGCGGUGACUACUACUACGACAACGUUUUCACGACACAUGAUGACAACUACCGAGUCUACGAUCACCUCGCGAAACGACUCGUCAGACGAGUAAUGGAGGGCUACCACGGGACAGUCUUCGCCUACGGAAUGACAGGCACGGGUAAAACAUUCUCUAUGCAAGGGACUGCUUCAUCGCCCGGUGUCAUCCCUCUGGCGAUCACCGACAUAUUCUCGUACAUUCGCGAGACGCCUUCCCGGGAAUUCCUGCUCCGAGUCAGCUAUUUGGAGAUCUACAAUGAGAAGAUUCACGAUCUUCUCAGUAUGUCGACCGGUGGGGGAGUCGGCGGUCCCGUGGCACAGGAGGAAAUCAAGUUGCGGGAGGAUAGCAAGCGAGGCGUCUACGCGAGUCCGUUGAAGGAAGAAAUUGUGCAGAGUCCGACGCAACUCCUUAGAGUCAUCGCUCGGGGCGAUCAAGCGCGACGAACAGCAAGCACUCAGUUCAAUUCUCGAAGUUCUCGGAGUCAUGCGGUGGUGCAGAUUGUUGUCGAGAGCAGAGAGCGCAUACCUGGAGGGCCGGCAGCACCGGCUGAGAACAAGCGAUCCGCCCUGUUGCCAGGCGGCGUACGGGUCUCGACUUUGAGCUUGAUCGACCUUGCAGGUUCAGAAAAGGCGGCCGAGAGCAAGGAGCGCCGGCAGGAAGGCUCACACAUCAACAAGAGCUUGCUGACUCUGGGAACUGUUGUGUCUAAGCUUUCGGAACACAAGGACGGCAAAUCGGACAAGGAUGGCAAGCACCUGCCCUACCGAGACAGCAAGCUGACCAGGUUGCUGCAAGGUGCAUUGUCAGGCAAUUCACUCGUCAGCAUUCUCUGCACAAUCCAAAUAGGAUCGACAGGAAGCGCCGCAGCCGCCAACACCCACACGAAUGAAACUCUCAACACACUCAAAUUUGCGUCGAGAGCGAAGAACAAUCUGGUCAGCCAUGCGAAACGUGCUGAGGAGGCAUUGGGUGCUGGUGGUGAGGGUGGUGCAAGAGUACUUCUCGAACGAUACCGCAUGGAAAUCUCUGAGCUGAGAUCGCAGCUGGAAGCGCAAGCCAAGAAAGAUAAGAACGAGGACAGCGCGGAAAAGGCCAGGGACGCCGAGGAAGAACUGGCGCGAGAGAAGGAAGCAGAAGCCCGGCACGAAGAGCAGAUGCUGGAGAUGCAACUAGCUCGAACGGCGCUGAAAGAGCGCAUAGAUCAUCUGAACCGCCUGAUCCUGAGCUCGAAGUCGAUAGGCGUCAACGCCAGCGGGACUUGGAGCUCCCUAGGUUCGCAUCCACGGUUCUCGCAGGCGUCCAUGCGGUCUUCGCGGUCGUCUAUGACACCAUCCCAAGCGGGUAGGCCCAUGCUUGAGCGCUCGGCGUCUUUGACAUCAUCUUCGUCCACGAUUGGCCGAAGGCCCAGCAUGGAUCACCGUGCGUCAACCAGCGGAAGGUCUGCAGGAGACGAGGACGACAGCGUUGGCGAAUAUGGUGACGGCACGGCAUCGCUGACAGCCCAGAACCGGGCAUUGCAGGCCGACCUGGUGGACAAGAACCGUUACAUCGCGACCCUGGAGAAGCGCCUGCUCCAGGCGCGGAGGGCAAGCUCGUCGCGCACGUCAGGCGGUCUUUCCUCUGGCAGCAAGGGGAUCAUGGUUGGCGAGGACCAUAGCGUGUCGACAGCUCUGAAGGAGAGGGACGCCGAGAUUGCGGAAUUGCGUGCUCAGCUGGAAGACAAGGACCGAAUGCUCAUCGCCUUGCGGAGUGCAGCUAGGAGAGGGGAGAAUGCUGACCGGAGCAUCGAGACCCGUGCGUCUCAACUGAUGAUGCUGGAGAACGGGCCGCGCUCUAACCCUGCCUCGCCGACGAGCCCCCAACGCCCGCUGUUCCGACACAGCAGCGUCAGGUCUCCCCCCAAGGACCGGCGCAGCACGGACGAGAUGAGUCGCAUUCUGGACGAGAUGAUACAGGACCGAGUCGAGACGGGCCACAUUGUCAAGAGCACACGGGGCAGCGUCCGUGUCGUAGCCUCAACGGACCGGGAGAAGCCCCUCGUCGACCGCCUCGAGCCCCUUCGGAAGAGCAACGAGAGCAACCACCGACCCUCAGUCGUACUCGAGGUUUAG